AUGGAUGGUGGUGGAGGUCUCCCACCUAAGACAAUGAUGACACGAGUACUAUGCCUUAUUGGUCAAUUCAACUUGGAUCCGAAUCGAGUGACCGACAUAGUACUCGAAUGUUUUGAAUGUUGUGCAUCUCAGAAGACUUUCUAUAUAUCGCUACUAAAAGAAAUUAAAGCAAAUAAGGAUUAUUUAUGCACACUGCUCGGAUUUAAGUACACAUUUUAUCAUGUAAAAACGCCAUUUUCGCUCUACAUAAUUACAUCAUCGUUGAUACAAGAAGAUAUGAUCGAUUUAAUGAAAAUUACUGGAUUUAUGAUCCCGAAAGCUGAAGGUAUAAAGGAGACACACAGGGCACGUGCUGCGAAAGCUGGUGAGAGAGCAAGAAAGGCGGAAACCAUUUUGGCAUCAAAUAUACCACUAGAUGUUUCUCGCAAUGCGAAUGUGGAUGCAAUGGAUAAUGGCCAGUCGAUCGUGGGAGUAUCAUUGGCGACGGUUGCUGCUAUACAAGAGGCAGACGAUGCAAAACUUGCAGCGGAAUUGAACGAGGAGACCGUUUUAUCAACAAACCAGAAACUUGGGUUGGUGUGUGCUCUCAUUGAAGAUGGUGCAUGGCCGUUAGCGAAAACGCUCAUUGACCGACUUCCUGAGUACUACGCAGUACAAGCAAGUACACGCGUGAGCAAUGCGAUUUCCGAUUUAAUUGGUAGGACGAUACAGAAUUUCUAUAUUAAAAAAUGUUCUAACAAGUUGGAAGACCUUAAUGUGGAUGUAAAAGUCGAAACUCGUCCUGCAUUUGUAGAUUGUGUUUCCUCGUGGGAUGAUUUGGCUGCGCUGACUUCAAUGCUAUGGUAUGUUGGUCCAAGACUGGCCUACCGCCCACUGAUAAUGACGAAACUUGUGCGACUGAUUACAAUGUUCUACCGUGAACAACCGAAAGCAUUGCGCAGCAAAACCUUGGGAGUUGUUAUUCUACCCGGAUUGUCGUUAUCCGAUUGCAAUACUGGUCUUUCGGAAGAAGUAUGGACCUUGCUGCAGAUAUUUCCGUAUACAUGGCGAUACCGCUUAUAUGGACAGCGCUUGUCGAAAGAAACUGUGCGAGUAAUGGGAAGACAGCUGGGAAAGCUGUGUCAUAUACAUCCAGUUACCGUAUUCGAUUACCUGCUUAGCCAGGUCCAGUCUUUUGACAAUUUGAUACAACCAGUUGUCGAAAGCCUGCGGUUUCUUACAAAUUUGGAGUUCGAUAUUUUAACAUAUUGCAUAAUAGAGCAGCUUUCUAGUCCUGAAAAGCAGCAACUAAAAGCUUCCGAUGGAAAACUAAGCCCAUGGCUGCAGGCGUUAGCAACCUUGGUGGGAGCUGUCUACAAGAAGUAUAAUGUGGAAUUAGCUGGGAUGUUGAAUUACGUUAUAAAUCAGCUGAAGAAUGAGAAGAGCUUCGAUUUACUUGUGCUUCGUGAGGUGGUCCAGAAUAUGGCGUGUAUUGAAGGUGUAGCUGGGGCAACCUCUGAUCAGUUGGAGGCUUUGGGAGGUGGUGAGCUGUUGAGACAAGAAGCUGGAAGCUACACAAAUGCAAGAAAUAAACGCGCAUCUGCUCGUUUGCGUGAUGCCGUGAUGACUGGUGAUAUUGCCAUUGGAUUAUGUAUACUGAUAGCUCAACAAAGAGAAUGUGUGGUUUAUCGAGAAAGUUCUCGUUUACCGCUGAAGUUAGUUGGCGAGAUGGUUGAUCAGUGUCGUGAUACGCUACUUCAAUUGGGCACCUUCCUAUGGGCGAAUGUUCGGCAAGAUGACUACGCCAUGCGGAUACCCCCAGCACAUACACUAAUUUUAGAUUAUCAUCUUCGUAUUGAUGCAGCUAUGUACCUCACUAGACCCACCUACUUCCUCAAAGCAAGUCGUUUCCAUUUUUGGGCUGCAAAACGAGCAAUGAAAUCGGAUAUCGAUAACAAGAAGAUGGAUGCCCAGCAAAAAGUAGGCGAUUUUGUAGAAUUAGAUUUUCUAGUUGCUUUAUUACUCGUUGUGUUCUGGAUUUUGUCUUCCUAUGAUAUCGAAGUGCCUACGAUGGCAUAUGAAAGAGCUAGUAAGUCUAAACGAGUAAAAGAGGAGGAAAGGCUACGGAGUUUGGAGAAUAAGCUAAGAGAGGAAGAGAAGCGUCAGGCAGAACAUGUAUCGAGAAUUCGGGCAUGGUUUAAUAGUGUUAAGGACGAUCUGUUCGAGGGUGGACGUGACUCCAAUUUUACACUCACACGGGUUUUCCAGUUGUUUAUUGAUGUGUUGCCGUUAAUUUGUGCUCUGACUGAAAAUGAGGCGAACUCGAUUGGCACAUUUCUACAGAUUCUACUUUCUCAUGCGCAGCGAUGGCACUCAGAUAGCUCAAUCUUCGAAAAGGAGUGUGAAGGAUUCCCUGGAUUAGUCUCGAAAACGCAAAGUGUCAAUUACGAGAGUUUCCGACGCCUCUGCUUUAAGUGGCAAAUGCGUCUGCAUACAGCAUUCAACUCGGUGCUUUCCGUGGUAAAUAAUGAAUAUGUAUCAGUUAGGAAUUGUUUAGUGGUGAUGACUAAGCUUGCACCGUGUUUCCCAUUAUUGAAGGACUUAGUCGACAGCGUUGAGAAGCUAGUAGAAAAGGUGCGAGAUAACGAAAAAGGAAAAAGGGACGAACUGUCUUUGAAGGCUGCCAGUUAUCUUGUGCGAUUGAAAAUGAGAAAUGUUCCUAUCUAUGAAGGACUUCAAUUCCAUGUGAGUUUCUUUUUUUCUUUGGUUUACUUUGUAAAUCGAAAAAACCUAGAAAAAUGUGCUGGUAUUAUGAACCAUAGCCACUCUAUGACAUUUACGUUCUUCCGAGCACGUCCCCAGCUAGAUGAUAAAGCAGCAAAUGGAUUAGUGAAGGAACGGAAAGACGUAGUUGUCACCAAGGACGUCAAAGAGGAGAAAAAAGAGCAUAGAGAUUCAAAGGAGAAGCGGGAGGAUGACAAGAAAGUGAAAGAUAAAAGAGAUUCAACGCCAUCAAGAAAAGAAGAUGUGGUCAAGGAAUCAAACACUUCUAGAAAGAAAGAGCGAGGACUUGACGAUGAGGAAGUUGGUCCAGCAGUAAGUAUAGUGUUAAUUUUGAACUAUUAUCAAGAAGACACUGUCCAGCUUAGAUUCACUUCUACUAGCUAG